AUGAAAAAUCAAGAAAAGUCGAUUUAUGAUGACAAAUUGUCUUAAAUCUUAUAGAAUGACAGUAAAACACAUAUUACUAUAUUCAUUUAGCAAAUGAUGAAAUUUCAUAAUCCUUAGCAAAUAGUCCAUCACUGGAUAUAAGUUUAGAAACAGUAUUAAAGAAACUGCAAUCCAAAAAAAUAAGAUAAUUAUAUCAGGAUCUAGGUCCUGUUUAUGAUAUUAAUGACAAUUAUGAGAUUCGAAAUUUCGAUGAUGACAGCUGUUAUUUUGGAUAAGUGGAAAAUGACCAAAAAAAUGGUACAGGAAUACUGGUAUGGUCUUCGAUAGGAAAUAUACUUGAUGGGUAAAAGUUUAUAAUUUAUAAAAAUAGAAUUUGGGUGAAUAAUGAGUUAAAUGGAUUUUGUAGAAUGAUAUACUCAAAUGGAGACAUGUAAAAUGAUAUUUAAUUUUAUAGUUUCGAAAGUGAAUUCAAAUUUGGGAAGGCUAAUGGAUUUGGAGUUUUCUAAACUAAGAGUAAAGUUGUAAAAGGUAGAUCAUUAAAUCAUAAUAGGACUGUGGAAGAAUAAUGUACUUAAUGGAGAGGGAUAAGAGAUAAGAAGGGAUGGAUAGAAGUAUUAUGGAUAAUUUGAGGAUGGAUAAAAGAAUGGAAAAGGAAUUAUAUAUUAUAAGGAUGGAUGCAAGUAAAAAUGAGAUUUGAUUUUAGAUAUGAAGGAGAGAUUAGUAAGAAUAAGAUAAAUGGAAAGGGCAUAUUGGUUUGGAAUGAUUCAAGUUAUUAUGAAGGGGAAUUUAGUAAUGGGAUAAUAAAUGGAAGUGGUAUUUAUGUUAGUGGAAAUGGAUAAAGUUUGAGUGGAUAUGUAUGUUUGAAUUGAUAAUAAGUUUAUAGUUUGAAGAAAUAAGUAAUAAAGACAGAAUUCAGAGAAUUUAAUAUAUACAUAAUAGUGGUUCUCAAAAAUUGAUCGAGAAAAUACGAUAAUUAUGA